CUCACCGUCAGCGUCUUCCUCGACAUCGAGAAGGCGUUCGAUCGUGUGUGGCAUGCGGGACUGCUGUACAAGCUGUCUCUGACGUCCACGCCGCUUGCGAUUGUGCAGACAGUGGCGUCAUUCCUGGAUGAACGGCGGUUCUACGUUUCGGUCGAGGACGCCGACUCCACCCCGCGCAAGAUCUGCGCCGGAGUUCCUCAGGGGAGCUGUCUCUCGCCCUGCCUCUACGCGGCCUACACCGACGACAUCCCGACACUGGCCGGUACACUGACCGACGGUGAGCAAGACGUUGAGUUGGCACUCUUUGCCGACGACAGCGCGUACUUUGCCUCAUCUCGGAAGGUGGACCUGGCCGUGUCCAAGAUGCAGCGGCUGCUGGACCGGCUGCCGGAAUGGCUGGACAAGUGGCGCAUGGCGGUCAAUGUGGGCAAGACCGCCGCGAUGCUGUCCGGCCGCUACCGCGCGCCGGCGAGGAAGCUGCAGCUGCGAGGCCAAGCCGUCGAGUGGAGAUCCUCAGUCAAGUACCUGGGGGUGACGAUUGACCGCGCGCUCACCAUGAGCGCCCAGGCGGUCAACUCCGUCAACCAGGCGAAGGCCGCACGGGCCAUGCUACGUCCCGUGCUGGCCUCCCGACUCCCCCUGCGCACGAAGCUGGGGAUCUUCAAGACAUACGUGCGUUCCCGCCUCACCUACGCCGCUCCGGCGUGGUACGCGCUAUGCUCGACGGCCAACCGCAACAGGCUCCAGGCGCAGCAGAACCUGACCCUGAGGACCAUCGUCGGGGCCGGGCGGUACGUCAGAAAUGAUGUCAUCGCCCGCGACCUCAAGAUCGAGUCGUUGGAGGAGUUUGUGGUCCGUCUGGCGCGUCGAAUGUACGACCGCGCCGACAACGGGCCGCACGUACACCUCCACGACAUCGCCCCGACCUACGACCGGCCAGACAAUGGCAGACCAUAUCCUCGGGAGCUCCUUCUGUUGGCACCAGCCGACGAAGUGGCUCCCUGAGUCGAUACUACACCGGACGAGACACCUGAUCCUCGGGAGCCCUAGCUGUUGGCACUCAGCUGACGAGAG